AUGCUCUCAAGGAAGAAGCCGGCCGUAGGCCCUGGGUCAGGAAACACCGUGUCAUCUGCUAAGGAGUCAAAAAAGAAACGCAAGUUGCCAAAAUUGGAGGAUUUUUUACAAAUGAGAGACUAUACUGGAGCUAUAACUUUAGCAGAGGUAAUGGGAAUUCGAUCCUUAAAUUUCAAAUAUGUAAAAUUUUAGAGUUUUUCCUUGGCAAUAUGGUGGAAUGAAGUCGGAACAGGGACGUUCCAUUUUUACACACAAACCCAGCCACCCCCUCCCUCUCCUGAUGAAGAUGAUUGUCUUUUUUUCCCCUACAGAGGAUAAAUAUUUUUUUCGGUGAAGCCAACAAAAUUUGGAGCUCUUGGCUGAAAAACUGAAAUUCUUCCCAUUCGAAAUUCCAUUUUCAAAAUUUUCUUUUGGAUGAUAAUGAAUAUACAUAUAAAAGUGAAUAAAUAAAUACUGAAUGUACCAGGGCAGUACAUAAACAAGUUGCGUGAAGCAAGUGCAUGAAGCACUUGUUUAUGACAAUUUUGGUUUUUUUUUCUGUCCAUCACCUGAAUUUAUCCGUGCUACAUGUACAUCUAUUUUUCAAAAUUCUAGUUUAACCGCAACUCUGGAAAGGGAAGUGAAGAGACAAAUCUUUGGAUUGCAUACACAGCAUUCCAUUUAGGAGAUUACAAGAAAGCCAUGGAGGUAAAGUUCUGGAAAGAUAACAGCUAUGCAUUAGUCAAAACAACUGAUAUAUCAAUAAAUUCUCUUAACUGGUUUACAGAAGAAAGUACUAAUAAUGCAUGGAGAACCCUAACCCUAAGCUCAUCUCUUGAGGUACUGAGUUAUUACUGAAACCACAAAAAUAAUUCUAGCCAAAAAGUUAAGCCACUGAUUAGUGUUAUUUUCAUCUUGAUUAGGAGUAUCUGGCUCUAACAAAAAGUGAAGCUUGCCAUCCAGAUGUGUGGGUAAAUCUUGCAUGCUGUUAUUUUUUCCUUGGAAUGUACAAGGAGGGUGAUGAGAUGGCUUUAAAAGGUAAGAAAUGUUGUUUGAGAUAUAUGUAUCAACUAUUGCAGAUAGAAAUGUUGUCUGAUGGCAGUCUUUUACCAAAUAUGUGACUAGAAACAUUGACUACAGUUUCAAGAUUUUGUUGGACUUUCUGAAGGUUAUAAAUUAUUAAUAAUACUAAUUUGUUGAACAUAUUUUUUCAAAUUUCAUCUUAAAAAUAUUUUAAGAAACAUUAUCAUGAAUGAAUUUGAAAUGAAGGUUUUUGCAUUUUGAUAUGUCUACAGAUUGGUUUAACAAUACUUUGUGUUUUUGACAUGUCAAAACAAUUUUUAGGUCCAAAGAGUAGACUUCAAAACAGGCUGUCAUUUCACUUGUCACAUAAGGUAAUAUCAAAGUUGUUUAAUUUAAUUCUGACUAAAUGUAUAUUGGUUAUUUAAUUCCAAGCAUUUCUCACAUCACUAUGGUGUAUACAGUAGAACCCAUACUGGUAAUUGUUGAUUUUUUUGGGUUAACAGACAAGUCUAAGGUUGCAAAACAAACUUGAUAUUUAAUUUCUACCCUUUCUAAUAAUGAUCAGGUUCUUCAGAGGGAAUCAUCAUUAAGUUGUAUUCCUGUUUAAGGGACUAUUCUGCUGUACAUUUCUGGCACAAAAGUAUAACAAAUGCUCUCCCAUCUUAGGUCAGUAACAUGCAUGCUCUUCCCAGACUCCUAUGGCCAUGCUAACACUACAAAUUCGUAUAUGGAAUCCCAACAUCACUCAUUUAUAGCUUGAUUCAUUCUCUGUGUAUCACUCAAUUAUUUCUGGAUAUUUCAUCAUCAUUAAUAGUUUAAUGACGAGAAAAGACUGAUGACCCAUCAUCAAGCCUUACAAGAUAUUAUUGAGGACCAGGUAAUUGAAGACAAGAAUGUACAAAAUGUUAUUAAAAAAUAUACAUUUUUGGAAAUAAUAAUGUGUUUCCAAAUUUCAUGUGCUCUUCUAUAAAAUGCUUUUUAUAUUUGUUUUAAAUCAAACAGCUCAGCCUAGCCUCUAUCCAUUACCUGAGAAGUCAUUACCAAGAAGCUAUUGAUAUUUAUAAGAGAAUUCUUCUUGAUAACAGGUAGAGUACAACAAGCAUAGGAUAGUCCACAUACCAUUAGUACAACUGUUAAAAUAAUUUAUGACUACUGGACCAGGUACAUAGAAUUUAAGUCAUAUUCAAAGAUUGCACAAGGUAUGAAAGUACUGGAAAGUGAUUUGUAGAACUAUUACUGCAAGGUAAUUUAGUGUUAACAACUGAGUUGAAAACGUAAAUUAGCCACCAUAAAGGGUAAAAAGCUGGCGUUUCUAGUGUUAGCCCUUUGUCAGAGCGAUUGGGUGAAGGGCUAACGCUCGAAAUGUCAGCUUUUUUACCCUUUAUGGUGGCUAAUUUACGUUUUCAACCCAGUUGUUAACAAUAAAUUACCUGCUAUACUCUCCCACUGACGCAGCACCACAAUUUCUUCAGAAACUUACCCCUUUAUUACUUCAAGGACUAGCUGUCUUACAGGAGUUGCUGUUGCUAGCAGAAAAAAAUUGACAACUAAAUUUGCUGGGAAAGUCUUCAAUUUGUUAACACAAUUGCUUAAAAUAAAAAUAGUCAAUCACAUGCAGUAUGAUUAUCUACUACUAACAGUUUUUAAAAUUUUGCACUGUUCAGUUUCAAUUGAUUGUUUUUUUUCCUGUAGGGAUUAUUUGGCCUUGAAUGUGUAUGUUGCCUUGUGUUAUUACAAACUCGAUUAUUAUGAUGUCUCUCAGGUAAUUGUUCUAUGUCUGUUCAAGCUUUCCUCUUUGUGCUUGUUAAUUUAUUACUGAAUUUAAAGCAAGUAAACUGAGUACUUUUAUUUGAAUGCUGGGCUAAUAAAUUGAGAUUCUAAAUGUUGUUUGGAAAUCAACAUUUUCUUUUAAAGUAGAUUUUAAAAUGAUUGGUGUGAACAAAAAUUACAACCACUGUUAAUAAUGUUGUUAUCAAUGGUAAAUUUAUGGGACAGCCAUGGAUUACAACUUGUAGAUAAAUUUAUAAGAAUAAUUUAAACCAGUCAGAAAUGUGAUGGGUUUUUUUUUGUGAGAAUGGUUGUGCAGAACUGAUUUGCACUUUCUACUUAAUUUGUAGGAGGUACUAGCUGUUUACUUGCAGCAUUAUCCUGACAGGUAAACUGACAUCACUCUGUACAAUCAGGGUCCAGUGGAAUAAUCUCAAAUAUUAGUACUCUACUCUUGUCACAUUAAGCCUGGUUUUCACUUAUGAUGGGGUCAGAGUCAUAAUCAGUGUGUAGAGUUAUAUGAUGUAGUGAAAACGGACAUGGAGAAGUUGCGAAUGAAAAUCCAUUAAUGUUACCCUGCACUUUAUCUAUAGUAGGGGCUUUAGUUUUGUCGAAGAGACGUGUGGGAAAAAAAAAUGUGAGCUCAGCUUUUAGGCUAGCCUAAAUAUAUAUAUUAUGAUGUAGUGAAAACUGGAUUGUCAGAGUGGUAAGCCUUUGGAUGGUGUGAGAACUGGCCUUUUUUUUUUGGUUGGAUCUUCCACUUCUGCUUACAACUCCAACAAUCUUGGUUUCACUGGACCACAAGUGUCAAUAUCAUAAGGGGAAUCGAAGGAGAAUGAAAUUGUAUUGAACAGAUACUUCCACUUCUGAUUCCAUCUUAAGUUUAUGACUCUGCUUAUGACCUCUACCAUUUUUGAUUUCCACUAAGUUGGAAGUGCUCUCACCACCAUGACAAUGACUUGGUUAAACUUCAUCUCAACUCCAUUGCCAGUCAAAACCAGCCAUGAGUCUUGGAAAUUUGUGAAAUGCUUGAUAAUCAAUUUCUUCUAUCUUUAGUUUAAGUCUCAACCUAUCCUUUUGGUUUCAGUGCCACUGCAGUAAACUUGAAAGCAUGUAACCACUUUAGACUCUACAAUGGGAAAGCAGCUGAGGUGAAAAGUGCUAUAAUUACUCAGUGACAGUUUUCAAUUUCUUUCUGAAAACUUUAUUGAACUGUAUUCUUUGACAUUGGGAGAGCUCAGUAGAAAACUGCUUAGUGCUUAUAUUUUGCAUCUCACUGAGACUGUGAUCAGCUCACUUAUCUCAUUAGCAGUUUGUAUUCAAUGAACUGUAUUUAAUAGUUUGUUUUACUCUUUUGUUAUCGCCUGACUGUCUACUUGACAUUCUAAUGGUACUGUAUCAGUUAGUCACCUUUCAGUCAUGAGCAUAUUCAUAAAAAGGAGUAGAUAAGUAUCAAGAGUGAAUAAUAUUAUUAACCUAUGCCAUCUUGAGAUUAACUAUGAACAACUUUCUUCUCAGGGUGAGCUCAAGACUCUACAAGAGACAGCAAGUCCUUCUUUUAGCUUUGCCAAUGAUCUCAUUAAGCACAAUCUGGUGAGUUGUGCAAACUCUGCAAAUAUUUCAAAGAACAAGGAGAAGAGUCCUUACAUGUAGAUAGUGAAAUGUGCAUUUGAAGAAAAUUAAAUAACAUUACAUACAACCUGUAGCUAGAACAGAGACAAAGGCAAAUGCUACAUGAAGAAGCAAGGAGACCCAAGGUCAUUGAGGGAAUUGAUCUUUCACUGGACCUAAGGAUUCUUGCCCUAAAGCCUGAUCUAGCAUUCCUGCAACGGAUGUAUGUAAAUUUUACUUUUCUGUCUCCUUUUAUUUACCAGGUUGUUUUUAGAGGUGGUGAAGGUGCCUUACAAGUUUUACCACCCCUGGUGGAUGUCAUUCCUGAAGCUCGCUUGAAUUUGGUAAGUACAUGUUCUAAUAGUCUUCAAAAGUACAUCUUAACUAGUAAUCAGCUGAAAUGUUGAAAAAUCCCUUCCUAAUCUGUUUCACCUUGUGGCUUGCUAAUGUUUGUCAUAUUUUUUGUUCCAUUUUGUAGGUUAUCUAUUACCUGAGGCAAGGUGAGAAGCAAGGGUUAUUUUGAAAUUUGAAAAUAAACAGUGUAAAAGAGUUCAUUUUUACACUGAUAAUUAAUUUUUUAUGUGUACCUGUUUCAUCAGAUGAUGUUGUGGAAGCUUAUAAUCUUAUCAAAGAUUUGGAACCUACAACUCCCCAGGUAGACUUGAAUUACAAUUUUUGCAUAGAGCUGCCUUGUUUGCUAGAAAACUGAGGCCUUGUCUUGUUUCAUUGUAGGAGUACAUCCUAAAGGGUGUGGUCAAUGCAGCUUUGGGACAGGAACAAGGAUCUGUAAGUUCAGCUUCUCCUUAUCACUGUCACUGCCUCUUGUUGUUACUGUGCUGUAGAAAAUUGAAGAUAUUUGUUUUAUUGUUUUAGAGGGAACACUUGAAGAUUGCUCAGCAGUACUUUCAGCUUGUUGGUGGAUCAGCUAGCGAAUGUGGUACGUUUUGCUCUUUUCUGUGUAUCUUACAAGACAGGGGAGACAUUUACGUUACUGUAGCAGUGGUUUAUUUUUUGAAAAGCGCUUCAUCAUUACGGUGAAACCGUUAAAUAAUAAGGUUUGCUUGGGUAGGCAAACACCCCAGAAGUAAGUCCAGAAUAAAUUACAAAGGAUCGCGUCUGUCUAUGAAUGGAGAAGCUAAGCGCGAAUCACAGAUUUCGCUUAUAAAGUUUAGGUUUGUUGACGAAACCGUGAAUGACUUACUUUUAGUGAGGAGAGGGCCAGCACUCUAGUUUCCAAAUAACCACAGGGUAUCAGUUUGUGGAAGGGUUAUAACUGAGGGAAUCUCUGAGUUGUUGGAUUUGCAGAAAGUAUAUCUAUGGUUGACAGUAUUUUUAGGAAAAAUGCAGGAGGAAAAACAUUGAUCGCUCAAUUUUCUCUGCUUUUAGGUACACUAUAUCCCACUCUUUCAAUUUUGUACCAUUUAUUGCCAGCCACUGUAAUUUUUUUUCUUUUCGUUGAGUUUUGGAUGCAUAUUAGCUGUCUAUUGUUUUCCCAAUAUAGAUACCAUUCCAGGAAGACAGUGUAUGGCAUCGUGUUUUUUCCUUUUGAAACAGUUUGAAGAUGUCCUUAUUUACCUCAACUCAAUCAAGGUAAGAAUCAGGUCAAAAGCUAAUCUGCGUCGAAUGAUAAUUGCUGUACUUGCGACCAACCAUUCUUUUACUCUCAUAAGCUAUCGGUGAGGGAGUCAGUUAGCAAGCAAAGAGUGAGAGGGAACACCUUAAUUUUGUAUUGACCAUUCGAACGCACAUGAUGGGUUUCACUCAAUAUGUCUUGAUACAUGUAGAUAAUUUGAUUUUUUUUAAUCAACUGAGUUGACAAUGUAAAUUGGCCACCGUAAAGAGUUUCGAAAGAUGACGUUUUGAGCGUUAGCCCCUCGUCAUUCGCUAAACUAGGAUAACGGCGAAGUAACCGAAGUAAUCGGUAUGUCGGCGAGUUGACCAAAGUCGUCGGCGAGUUGACAUGUCGGCGAAGGGACCGUGUACCAUUUACUUUGUUAACUCAGUAGGUAAAACCAAAUUAUCUCACAACAUUCCCCACUGAUCAGAAGCAGUACCACCGUUUCUUUAGAAACUUUCCCCCUUUACUUAGGUCCUAUUAGAAUCACAUUUGAAAACACUUGUAAGUCUAAUAGACGAUUGAAUACUUGUGCCUCUAACAGUGCCUAGAACCCCUACUGGUGCGUGGGGCGUGCACGAUUAGCGAGGAUCCUUAUUUUGGAACUUAGCAGCGGUUUAGGUUUAAGACUGACUGUGAAAACGUAGGCAAACUUACUCGAAACGUGCCAGCGAGAAUCUCUCAGAGUCCCGUGACUGCUGCAAGACAAGUUUUGUGGCUAAAGUCUUUGUUGUCUCUUUAUGUCAGAGUUACUUCUACAAUGACGAUACGUUCAAUUUUAACUACGGUCAAGCUAAGGCGGCUGUUGGCAAUUACAAAGAAGCUGAGGAGGUAAGUUGUUAUUAAAUCAAUUGUAAAUUGUUGUUCUGUUAUGUUAUUAUUCUACAGGUUGUGUUGAUUAUUUCUUCUUCUCGACUGUCUUAUAGAUCUUUUUGCUCGUCCAGUCUGAAAAAAUAAAAAAUGACUACACAUACCUGAGCUGGUUGGCGCGAUGCUGUAAGUAGAUUCAGAUAAUUAUAACAGUUAAGAAUAUAUUUUUUUUUAGCCUAAUGAUCAGAGGCUUUUUAGAGAAGGAGGAUUAAUUCUUGGAUGAGCGCGAGGUGGCGAAUGCAGGCCUUGUUAAGUUUUAUUUAAGAAUGAUACUGUUCAAAGAGAAUUGAUAGUUUAAAAGCCAGACAUACAUGCAAUUCACUGUCAAGUAAAUGGAACGGCGGAUAAUCGUCUUGGCGUCCUAAAACAAUUUGGCACCUCAGAUAUAAGGAAGGUGGUGAUACCGGACCCUUCUAAGGAACAAUUCUUUCGUUAUUCCUACUAAGUAAAUAAAUGCCUAAAUUGGAAAGUCUUCUCUACCUGCGACUCGAAUUUUCUUUGAAUGUAACGGACUGGAACUCUGUUGAAUUGUCUAGACAUUAUGAACCACAAAGCCCGCCCUGCAUGGGAACUGUACCUGAAGAUGGAGACAUCCGGGGAAUCAUUUAGUUUACUGCAGCUUAUCGCAAACGACUGUUACAAAGUAAGUUCUCUACUUGGUUUCAAAGGAGCUAUUAUCGCUUUCUGCGCAAUCGACCUACUUUACUAAACUUUAACCACUUAUCCCUAACAUCAGUAUCCUACGGGUUGAAGAUGCUUAACCUUGAGGUAACUUUUCAACUUUACUGGCCGAAAAAAAAAUAAACAAAAUAAACAAAACAAAAAACACAGUGACACUGUUAAAGAAGAGAUCGAUUGUAGCAAGGAACCUGGUUGAACGAACUUUAUUCAUGAAACCUUGAUAGGAGAAAAUGUAUAUGAGAUACGCCUAGGAUUUUUCGAGAUUUCGAGAUGACUAUGUCUCCGUCACACCUUUUUUAUUUGUUUUAGAAAGUCGUUACCUUUUUUUCUUUUUUUUUUCCCUCCACAGAUGGGUCAGUUCUACUACGCUGCUAAAGCGUUUGAUGUGUUGGAGAGACUGGACCCUAACCCAGAGUACUGGGAAGGAAAGAGAGGGGCCUGUGUUGGAAUCUUCCAGCAAAUCAUCGCUGGUCAUGAACCCAGGUCGGUGUUGAAACGUGUUUGUUUGCUUGUGGGAAUUAUAGGUGCUUGAAUCACAUGCUUGAAUUUCAGGUAUUCUGACAUUAUUUUUUUAAUGUGACCACUUCAACUUGCUCUUGUCGAGGAUUCUUUGACGAUCGGUUGCCUUCAUACGGCUUUUAAAUUUGUUUUCCUUUGGACAAACCUCCCACCAAUAGUUUCUCGCCACGACGCCUUUUCUUAGCUCAAGUUUCUAGAUUUGAUUCUUACUUCUCCUCGCAAAUUGUCUUCUAAUUUUUUGAAUUAGUAAUGAGAAUUUGGUGUUAUAUCAAUGUGACCCACUCUAACCGAUUAGUUUGUUAACUCUCCCCACCUGUUUACAGGGUUAUGAAAUGUUAUGUAAGAAGUUAAAUGUUUAUUACCACUGGGGAUUAAUAGUUGAUUAUUUGUUCCAGGGAAACACUAAGAGACAUUCUCCAGAUCCUCCGAAACACCGGAAACCCUCAAGUGGAAUACAUCAUCCGUACCAUGAAGAAAUGGGCAAAGGAGAACAGAAUACCUGUAACGUAAACCAGCCGAAAGGCUUGCCAAGACAUAAAUUAUCUGCACUUUAAUUUAAAAAGUCGUUUCUGUCAGUGUGAAGUGUACAGAUGAAGUUCCAACGGAGUUUGAGUUCCAUAACAGUGCAUUUUAAAGCCCUUACCGUGUUCGUAAAGGUCUGAUUCAAAUCUUUAGCGAUAACAGUCAUAACGUCCCUUAAACCGAAAAACCGUCAAUGAAAACGUGGGAUGACUUGAAAAAACAUUGUCAUGGAUAGCACGAAGUUUUGUAACGUAUUUGAAAGGGACGCUCACUCAUCUUUGUGGAAUGUAUGAUUUGUAAAUAUACAUUAAUUAAACGUUAUUUAACCAGUUGACUGUGUAGUCUGAGGAAAUGAAUAGGCAGCCACGUUUGCCAUACACCCCUCGCUCGCAAGUUCAGCUCUAGAAACGCUUUACAGUAGCCAAUUUAUAUUAUUAACCAAGUUGAUAAAACCAAAUUAUCUAACAAAUAUGUAAUCUUAAUAAAUUUUAUGCAAAUUAUCAAAAGGCGACAAACUUUAGAAAACGAAAGAACAUUUAUUGAUUUGAUGAUCCACUUCAACUUGUGGUAAAAUAAUCGCCUUCCAACUUUUAUAAAAGAAAUUUGUUUAGCAGAUACAAAUAUAAGGCAUCUCUAACAGCCCAGGAAAAGAAAACACUGAUCUUCUUAACAUCUAAGAAAUCUUCAAACCAGCAAUGGAAGAUUCCAG